AUGGAGAGCCCGGAUUUCCUAUUUUAUACUUUACACGCAAUGGGCGCUGUCACUUGUCCCCUCCAAAUUCUCGGUAUCUAUUGCAUUUUGUAUAAAACUCCACACGCAAUGAGUUCGGCCAAAUGGGUGCUGCUUAACGCUCAUAUUUGGUCUCUUAUAUUUGAUAUAACAAUAACUGAACUAAUCAUCACAUUUCUAGUUUUUCCAGUUAUUGGAGCAGUUCCAUUAGGAAUUUUAACAAAGUGGCUCGAUGUUCCCAUUGGUUUCCAAGCUUAUUCGAUAUGGACAAUUUUAUUCAGUAACUGAUCUGAAAUCGGUCUUGGUCUCCGACAUGUUGAUCUUCGAAAACAGGUACUAUCAAUUAUUUGGGAAACAUAAAACUUGGCGUCACUUUCGAAUACCAAUGAUUGUUAUAAAUUACGGAGUUGUUGCAACUUUUAUGUUACCUACAUACUUGAGCAUUCCUGAUGAUCAGUUAAAAGCUAUUGAUAUAGCAUUCAAGCAAAUUCCAAGCCUCCCUACCGAGCUCCAUGAACUCCAUGAACUUCUUCAUUUGGGCAAAAGAUUAUCAAGUUUUUUUGAAAUCCCUACUUUUCAUCACUAUCUUCGAGCUAAUUCAAUUCGUUCCCCUAAUUAUGUUAACCGAUUGGAAUGUGAGGACAUCUAUCAGAAAAUCAACGCAAUCACGGCAGACAAUGCAGCUCCAGCUGAAAUUUCUAAUGACUCUUUAUGCACAGAGCGGUGCGUUCUUCCUGGCUUGUUUCACUCCUUACGUUUAUAUAUUGUAUCCUUGUUUUACUAAUUAUUACAAUCCAAUUGCAAACAACUACAUAUUCAUUUUCGUGGCGUCUCGCGGGUCUAUGUGCACUUUAAUCCUGCUCUUCGCAUACAAACCGUAUAAAAGAGCAGUUAUCAGUAUUUUUCGGAGACUAUUACCCUCUUGGUGUUCGACGCAACCAGUUGCAAAUUGGAUUGGAACAAUUAUAAUAUCGAAUCAGAACACUUCACUUUAUUGAAA